CACACAUCCUCCCACUGGGGCUUCGAGCAUAUAUGAAGGGCCGCGACGAUUAUCGAGAUUUCUCCAACUAAUCAAUUCCAGCUGCGGCAAAGUUUUUGCUCUUUCCCAAGCCCCAUCACGACUAAGAAAUGGCUGUUUCACUCGACGGCUCGCCUAAGGAUGCCAGCAAUGGCGUUGAAGGAACUCCUUCACUGAAGAACGAUGCGUCGGUCAAGCCUGACCUGAAGCCGGUCUUAAACAAGCCGCUGCCUUCGAAGCAACCCGCACCGGAGCCCGUCGAUGCUACUACUAAGGAGCCAUUGAGCAACUUUCCGGAGCCUCCUCCUACCAGCACCAACGGUGUCGAAAACCUCGAUCCACUCUCGAAGGGCCAAACCAAUGGUGGAGUCGAUGUCGAUCCCAAUGGGUUGCUUGAGGAAUCACCCUCUCGCAGGCCUCUCAAAGAUACUGUCGGGGAUCACACUAUGUCCUCCAAGCUUCCUCCCGGUCCGCUAGUGAAGGAAUCGAAACCUGAUGUGCCAAAACCACCUGAGACCGUUUCCUCUCCAAGCGUUGGACUUUCCACGGGAUCAACUGGCACACAAGUCUCCAACGGAAACGCUCUUACCACGCGCAUUGGCGUCUGGGACCUCGACGGUGAAGCCUUCGUCAAUGAGAUGCCACCAGAGAGUGCAGAGAGCAUCUAUUCAGUUAAUCCCGGCACUGAGAGUGUCAUUGGUACCGACGACCGUGUCAUCGUGCCAAGGAAGGAUUUUAUGCAGGGCGGCAAAUAUAGAUCUAUUGUUAAGCUCUUCCUUCGCUAUGCUGGAUCCGGAGAUGGUGAGCGCCCGUGGGCCAUGGCAACUGGCUGGCUCAUUCGCCCGGAUCUGCUUGUGACGGCAGGUCAUUGCGCGUUUGACUGGUCUUACGAGCAGGGCCAUCUCACUAACGUCAAAGCAUAUAUUGGCUACUGUGGCCGCGAAUCCAUCCAGGAUCGUAGCUAUGACGUCCAAGGUCGCAUCAGCAUUCGUGUCGCCACAACAUCGCUCUGGCUUGAGUCUGGCACCAACAAACCACGGGAUGUAUCUUACAUUCUGUUGAAGACGCCCUUUGAGAAUGUCGUUCCGUUCGCAUUCAAGGACACGCCACUUUCCGGUAGCUAUGAUCUUGGCGUGGUCGGAUAUCCUGGCGAUCUCAUGAAGAUGUCCACUCGCGAGAAGGGUGCGUGCAUGUACGAGAUGUACUUCAAGACAGAGUACGACAUCCUGAAGUCGCGAGACAAGAUGCUGGAAUAUGAGAUAGAUACAUUUGGAGGUAACUCUGGAUCUCCUGUUCUGCGUCUCACAGACAUGGCAUCGAUAGGCGUUCACGUCUACGGCGGCCAACGGAAUUCUGCGUCCAUCAUAAAUGGGAAGUAUGGAAAUGACUUCGCAAGCUACAUCGCCGCCAUCGAUGCUGUUUCAAAUCACCAAUCCAAGGAUGCAAGCAUAGCCGUAACUCAGGCCGUCCGAGAUACGUGGCUUACUUGGGCUAUGGUGCCAUCUAAUACCACCGGAACCGAAAGUGGCUUCAUCUCAGACGACCAAGAGCCUAAUCGCGAUGUACAAGAGGACUUGUUCGGUUUCUUACGCCAGGCUCUCGCUGCUGCUGCUCCUAUUGCCGAUACCGUUUUACAGACUGCCUUGCCACUUGCUCUUGGUCCUAUCGGCAUACCUGUUGGGGCUUUAGCGGGUGUUGCUCUCAAUGCGGCUGGUCGCCUCGCCAAACAGGGCUCUGCUGGGGCUGAGAGUACGGUCACCUACUCGUUCGAUGGCGUGGCUGAACGAGCGGUUCUAGGGGAGGCCGCUCUUGCUGCCAUAGUCCACCUAGGUGCAAAGCGGUGCGAAGAAGAAGGACUGUUCACGACCAUGGGCGAUAUCGUCAAGAAGAUCGCUCCGGUAGUUACAAGAGUCGCACCCAAAGUUCUCACUGCCAUCGCGGAGCCAGCCUUGAGAAUUGGACUAGAUGAACUUCGAAAAUCGCAGCUCGGAACCACGGAGUCUGCGUAUCCGCCCAUUCGAGAGAUGAAAUCCUUGGCCACGGAGAAGAAUCAUCGCGUCUUUGGAGCCAAACCUGUGGACGUUACCAGCGAAGCUUUCAUCAGAGGACUGGCGGACUCUGUCACUGUUCAAGACGCAGAAAGCUUCCUAGGCACAGUGAUGGGGAUUGGUAACCUCAUCGGGAAGGGCCUCCGCAUCGCUGCUCCCAUCCUGCAAGCGGUCGCUCAGGAAGGGCUAGCGCAACUGGCCUCUGGCACGGAAUCAGAACUUGAACAGCAAACCAGCUCAUUUGAUGGUCUCACCCACAGGGUCAUCGUCGGUGAAGCAGCGUUGCAAGCCCUCAUGCAGAUGCCCGUCGCAAAGCUCCAAUCCGAAGGCAUAUUCGAGAUUAUGAAGAAGGUCAUCACGACCGUCGGCCCUGCCGUCAUCAAGACUGCUCCCAUGGUCAUCAAGACCGUUGGUCCUAUUGUCGCCGACAUUCUCGCCCAACGAGAGGAGAGUGCUUUUGGCUCUGUGUAUGGUCAGAGGAUACGCCCCAGUAACAAGGAAGCGGAAGCCUUCAUGGCUGAUCUGGCCAGUAUGAGUGGAGAAAUGGAAACAACCACACCCGUCCCCACCACCGACCCACUUCCCAAUCCACCAUUACUAGUCAUAGCAGGUUUUGUCGCAAUCCCCAAAGCCAUGGCUAGGCAAGUAUUGAGCAGCGAGGAUCCCAAUUGGAGAACCCUUGUCCAGGCCGCCAAGCAAGGCAGGCUCGCCCAGUGGGGACCCAAUCCCGGAAUCCGGUCGCUCCUGCGCACUCUCCUCAAUGCCCCAUAUCAGUGCUACUACAGAGCGCUCCAAGCGGCCAACAACGGAAAUCUCGCCGGGGCUCCUCCUCUCACUGCCGCGUCCGCAAAAGCAAUCUUUGGCCUCGGCACCGACCACAAGUGGCUCUUCUACGGCGCCAAAUUUACCGGUCCCAAUGGCCCUCCCGCCAACAACACCAUUGAUAUCUUCGACGCGUAUAAAGCGGCAGGAGACGGAAGUCCGGCUAUAAGCUUUGAUGAUCAGGACCUAGAGAUCGAGAUUCCGAGCCCGUACGAUGUUCAAGUCAUUAUGGCUUGGGCUCAAUUAGAGCAGAUGGCGAAAUUUGUGAUUUGCACCUUCACGAGGCGAUUUGUGCAGGGGAUGGGCGCGGCGAGCUAUGAUGACUGCAUGACUUUCUGGUAGGGAGGCAUGGCGUUCGCUCUAAAUAUUAGGUACCGUGGCUAAGCGGUGCAUGCUAUAUGCUUUUAGAGUCCCUAGCAGAGGCGGUAUCCUGG